AUGGCUGCCAACGAAGAAUCGUCGGCGGCAUCUAGUGGACCUUUGGGAACCUCUAAGGAUAGAGAUCCCCCUCCGGCAUUCGAUGGAACGAAUCCUGAUGCCUUGAAGCAGUACCUUCGGGAUCUCACCUUGUGGCGGUGGGAGACGGACGUGCCCAAGUUGAAGCAUGCGGUGAAAGUCAUUCGCCAACUGAGCGGAACCGCUCGUGCUGCAGCUGAUGAGUUGUCAGUGGAGCAGCUGCAGAGUGAGGGAGGCAUAGAACUGGUGAUUGCGAAGUUGAAGGGGCACUUUCAGCCUCAUUUGGAGGCAGCUAUGCCCAAGGCGUUUGAGAAGGAGCUCUUGGAUGAAGGUGUGAAGCUUGGAGAUGAUGUCAAAGGGUACAUUUUGUACCGCCAGGCCAAUUUGAACAGUACUCAGGAAGACCAAGUAGUCACAUGGACCUCUGGGAAGUAUGGCAGAGAAGAGGUAGUUCGUGCCUUGCGAAAACUGGACAAAGUUCACAAAGAGCGGGGCGGAAAGUCCUACCUCAAUGAGGAGCCAGAGAACUUGGAGACCGCCGAGACCUAUCUCGGAUCCGAGGUUGAGAAUGACCACGAGAUUGAGAAUUACGUGUACAUGAAUGAGGGCGAUAUGGAUCAGAUUUUUGAAGAACAAAGUCUUCAUGAAGCUCUGGCCACCUACCAGCAGGUCAGGAAAGCCAUUCGAGACCAAAAGACUUCUCGAGGAUGGAACAAAGGCAAUAGCAAAGGCAGCGGGAAGAUUGCUUUUGGCAUUGGCAACAACCGUGGUGGGCUUCAGUUCAACCAAGGAAGUCGAGUGCAUAUUGAAAGCCUCAAACUGAGGACACGAUGUGCACGUUGUGGAGUAGUUGGGCAUUGGGCUCGCGAAUGCAGCAGUCCACCUGAUGAGUUUGCCCGAGCUCGUGCAGCCAACUCAACGGCGUCCAGCAAAAGUGCACCAGCGUCAAGCAUGUCAGGCAGGUCAGGUUUUGUGCAUGUGACCAACUCAGAGCAAGGGGGGACGGAUAGCCUUGUCACCAUCACCAAGAAUUUUCAAGUCAGUACGUUUUGCGGCAUAGCCACACAUGGAGCUUUUGGUUUGGUUGACACGGCAGCAAAAUCUGGACUGGUGGGUGAAGAAGCACUGUCAAGACUUGAGAAGGUUUUGGAAAGUUUUGGUUUGAAGAUCAAUCGAACAGAUCGAAAAGCACAAGCAAGAGGCGUAGGAGGUGAGGCAAAAGUGAAAGAAGUAGUUGAGAUACCAUUGGGCCUGGGAGGAAUCAAUGGAAUUUUGGAAGCUACCGUAGUUGCAGAAGAUGUGCCAUUGCUGAUUCCGGUCAAGUUGCUUCGGGAGUUGAGGGCAGUGAUUGAUUUUUCAGUUGAGCAAGUGAGUUUCAAAAAGCAUGGCACCAACACUCCAAUGUCCAUUCUUCCUUCUGGCCAUGCAUCCAUCAGCAUAGUUGAAUUCCCACCAGAGGGGUGUCCACCGAUCUUCCACCUCAUGGCGAGCUUGCUGCGCCGAUUGGUGGACCUGGAGGAAGCCGACAAUGGGGAGAAGGCGACUCCCAAAUCCCGAAGAGCGACUGCUGGAUGGCGAUGCAUCAUGGAAAAGGUGCUGGUGCUGAUCUGUCGGCAUCGAGAAGAGAUGGCUCAAGAGGCAAGAAAACGCAUGGGAAUGGUGCUGGGCUUGCAAGGCACUGGAUCGCCUUAUGGAUUGCAGCAUCAUGUUGCAUCCCCACCGGUGGUGCCACCAUUGCCUGUCUUUCAAGGGCAUUUGAGCAAAGCGGACGAGCUGGAGAAAUCGCGGAUGAAUGGAAUUCCACUUCCUCCCAGGAAGUGUCAAAUGCCUCCAAGAGUACCGGCAUGUUUGUGCCAGCAUCCGAAGAGCAGUUUGGCAUCUUCGGGAAAUCCACACCAGCGCGAAGUGUGGUGUCAGGAAUGCCACUCCAGGUGGAAGAUUGCCACCACGCCACUUCAGAUGAAGCUCCAGUCAGUGCCGACUUCUCUGACCAUGCAGGUUCCAGGAACUCCCACGACCUCGAUUGCCACGGCAUCUCCGAAGUCAACUCCAGGGAUGGGGUCAGUCAGAGUGAGCUCCAUCAAUUGCAAUUGCGGACUUCCCGCAAAUCGACUCAGAGUGAAGAAGGAAGGAGCCACCAAGGGAAGGCAUUUUUACAAGUGCCCGCAGCAGAUAUGCGAGUUCUUCGCGCGGGAUCAAGCGGAGGUGGAGGCGAUCAAGACCAAUGUCAAGAAGGCUCCAGAAGUGAGUCCAGAGAUCUCCAAGCAGUUGGAGGAGAUGGAACAGACCAAGCAAGAGCUGCUUCGCCGAGAGGACAGUUUGAGACAGAGAGAGGACUCAGUGCUUCAGAUGCAAAGCUCAUUGCAUCAAGGUGCGCAGCAGUUAGUGGGAACCGUGGUGGAGCAGGCGGAACAGAGACAUCAGGAGGUCAUGGAGUCUCAGCAGGCUCAAUACCAAGGGCAGUUGGAGCAGAUGCAAAACCAGCUGAUUUGGCUCACGGCAUUGGCUGGAGAGAGCAGAGUAGAAGAAGUGAUGGCAGAUCCAGCGAAGAGCCAGGAGGUGAUGGCACAGGCUUUGGAACUUCGUCAGAAGAUGCUGACGGAGGGCAAGGCAUGGAACACAGCUGUGAGAGUGCAGCUACAGGAGAAGUAUAAGCCCGAGGAGGAGAGAAGCAUUCAGCCCGUAUUUUGGCUGAAGGAGCAGGGCAAAUGGAAGUUUCACCAAGGCAUUUUGCCUUCCAAUCCCGUCAAUGGAGGAGCAGUUUUGGCAGUCACAUGCAAGCCGCAGUCUGAGGACGUUGAGGAUGAGAAGGGUGGACUCUUGAAGAAGGGAGUUCGAAAGAGACUUUUGAGGAAAAUGGAGGAAGUCACAGUCUCAGAGGUGUACUCAGAGCCAAGACUCACCAAAACAGCAGAGCGUUUGGGCAUGAGAGGAGGAAGCAGUUUUGAUUUGAAGACUGGUUUUGAUUUGAGAACAGAGACUGGCAGGAAGCGAUGCUGGGCACAGCUUCGUCGAGAGGAUCCAGAUCUUUUGCUGGUCUGCCCGCCAUGCGGACCUUUUUCCUGUCUUCAGAAUCUCAACUACGACAAGAUGCAGCUUCCAAAGGCUGUUGCUCUGCUGGGAGAUGGGGUAGAGCAUUUGAAGUUCUCAAUGGAAGUUUAUGAGUGGCAAGUGCGCAGAGGGCGCAAGGCAAUUUUUGAGCAUCCCUCAAGGUGCGAUGGAACGCACACCCAUGUUCCUCUCAUCAACGGCAGAGCGAAGAAGGCAGAGAAAUACCCUGAAAAGCUGUGCGAAGCCAUGGUGAAGGGUUUCAGAGAGGACAUCACUGCAGAGGGUUCAGUGAUUUUGGCGUUUGACUUGGAAGAAGAAUUAGAUCAAGAGGUAGAAAGGCAAGGAGGAGAGGCCGCAGAAAGCAACAGAGAUGCAGAGGUCCUCAGAGGAGCAUUAGAAGAUCCAGAGGAGGAUGAAGAGGAAGAAGAAUAUGAACUGCCCAGAGGCAUUACUGAGGCAGACAAGAGAAAGAUCAGAAGGCUUCACAACAAUUUGGGUCAUCCAAAUCAACAAAGCUUUCUGAGAGCACUGAGAAUUGCAAGGGCAAGGCCAGAAGUGAUUCAGUUUGUCAAGGACAAGUUCAAGUGCGACAUUUGUGAAUCUCAUGCCCUACCAAAGGCAGUUCGUCCCUCGAUGCUUCCACGUCAUUUUGAGCCAGGUAAGGUGAUUGGCGUAGAUAUGGUGUUCAUGCCCAGCCACAAUGCAAGACUCACCAUACCAGUGCUGAAUGUGGUUGACUGGGGAACAUGCUACCAGUCAUUGGAACCUUUGGAAGGUAGGCUGUCGGAAACUAUCUGGAAAGGGUUCAUGAGGAGCUGGGUCAGGAUUUUUGGCAUGCCUGAGAUCGUCGUGUGCGACCAGGGAAGGGGGUUCAUGAAUGCUUUUUGCAGGAAGGUGAAUGAAGGAGGUGCGAUUAUUCGUACCAUUGGUGCAAGAGCGCCAUGGCAACAAGGCAGGACAGAGCGGCAUGGAGGACUGGCAAAAGGCAUUCUGAAAAGAGUAGUUGACCAGGUUGGACCUUCAAACUAUGAUGAGUGGGUCACAUGUGUUUAUGAGGUAGAGAGCGCAAAGAACCGGAUGUUCAACAGGAGCGGCUUCUCACCAGCACAGAGGCAGAUAGGCAUGAAUGUGAGGAUUCCUGGAAGUCUAGCAAGCGACGAUCAGUUCGAUGCUGUAGCUCAAAGGUGCACUGCAAGCGAAGACAUUCAGAGAAUGAUGAGAAUUCGAGAGGCAGCACAAGAGGCAUUCUUGAGACACACCACACAUGAGGCAAUUGCAAGAGCAGAGAAAGCCAGGCCACGAGUGUCCAGAGAUUUUCUGCCUGGUGAAGCAGUUUUUGUAUACAGGAAGCCAUUGCCAAGAAAGGGAGGAGGAGUUGAUGGCAGAGUGGCGCAAUGGUGUGGGCCGGGCACAGUGGUGGUGCAAGAGGGCCCAAAUCUUUGGAUAGCAAUGCGAGGAGAGAUGUGGAAAUGUGCCAAAGAACAGGUACGAAGUGCAACAGCAGAAGAAGAGGAGGCAUAUGGGCUUCUCAAAGAUGAGUUCAAGCAGUUGCAACUUGAGCUCAAGCGAAAAGGGAGCAAGAGGGGAUUCAAAGAUAUCUCCGAAUGGCAGCUUCCUCCUGAGGCAGAAGGAGAAGAACAAGAGGAGUCACCAGAAGAGGCUCAGGAGCCUCCCAUGCAAAGACCCAGGCUGCAGCAAGCAGCCUCUGAGGAGACAGAAGAGAGCGUGCCACCACCUACGAUCUCUAGUGUGGCUUCAAAGGCAGAAAGUAACAGCAACAGCUCAAGCAGUGAGCCAAGUCCCAGUCACCAGGAAACUCAGCAGACUGAAGCAGCGGGUCCUUCAAGUUCCCGUCCAAGCAGAGCAGUUGCCGUGCCCGAGGAGGUGAUGGAGAGAGCAACGCAAUCAGUGAUGCGAAAUGAGAGACUGGACGGCACAACUCCCAGAGGGUUUGCACCUACGCGAAACAAGCUGGACAGCAUCAGGUUCAAUCCAUACGGCAGUCAGAUGUGGUGCAUAGGCAUAGAUGAAACCGUAGAGCAGAAGCAAGCACACACAGAGGAUGAGUGGGUUUUUCAUCAGGAGUCAAGAACCUUGCUGAGAAGGCACAAUCAAGAGAGAAAAGGUGCGUUCAUUCCAAAUGACAAGAAAGGCUGUCCUGUUCCUGUGAAGUUUCUCCAAAAUACAGCCACAGUCUACCAACAAUUUUUAGAUGGUGGGCAGAAGAUCCAAGUGAAGAAUUGGCGAAGAGAGGAUCACAGAGAGGGGCCGAAGCGUUUUUGGAGUGGGUUCACAGAGUUCAAGCUCAAGAAGAGCGUUUCAAUUUCAAAGGUUUUGGAAGUGUUGGCAUCAGGCAAAGGAAGUGACGAAGUCAAGGAGUCAGAUAUCAGACCAGAGGAUUGGCCUUUGUGGAGAGUUGCAGAUGGAGAAGAAUGGGCAAAGGUGGAGGCAUCAGGAGCUGUGAGGACGCUGGAUUUGGCAGAAUCAGCAGAGGUGGAGAGACAGUUGAAGGAAUCUGGCAAUGCAGAUAGAAUUCUGCCAUCAACAGUGGUUCGGAGGUGGAAGCCGGCUGAACUCCCAGGCGAUCCUCCCACCAUGAAGUCUCGAUGGUGUGUCAGAGGUGACAAAGAUCCAGAUUUGCUGUCUCUUGACCGUUACUCUCCAACGGUCACCACGGCCAUUGUCUCCAUAGUUCUUCAAACAGCAGCCAACUUCAACUUCCGAUGUGCAAUUGGAGAUCUAAAGAAUGCGUUCAUGCAAUCAUUGCCCUUGAUGCGUCCAAAGUGA